AUGGCUCCCUCAUUGGACAACUACACAACACGAAUCGGCCUGGACGGCUGCCCCAUCCCUACAGUCGGGAGUGCAAAGAGCAGGCGUCGGUUGAAAAAUCGAGAAUCGCAACGUCGCUUUCGUGAGCGCAAGGACCAAUUACAGAAGGCUCUCCAGCAACAGUUGGAUCAUUCUCGCACAGAAUAUGAAGCACUCCUUUGCAAAUACACCGAAAGCACAACCGAAGCCGCUCUUCUCCUUCAAGAGAAUGAUUCACUUCGGUCAGAGAUCAAGGAUCUCCGGCGACAUCGACAACUAAUGUUGAGCGUCAUGAAGUCGCUCCAAGGCUCAAAGCCGUUAUCCGAGUUUGGAGAUAGUGGAGUGCUAUUGGGUGAUGUGAUACACUACCUUGCGGAUGUAUCAGAUGAUCCGACAACACCCGACACAAACUGA